AUGGCGCGCCAGUUCAUCUAUCAUAUGCACGGCCUCUCAAAGGCCUAUAACGACAAGAAAGUCCUCGACAAUAUCCACCUCUCUUUCUACCCGGAUGCCAAGAUCGGUAUCCUGGGUCCGAACGGGGCGGGCAAGUCGACGCUUCUGAAGAUCAUGGCCGGUCUCGACAAGGAGUAUUCCGGUGAGGCCUGGGCUGCCGAAGGCGCCAAGGUCGGCUAUCUGCCGCAGGAGCCAAAGCUGGACGAAACCAAGACCGUGAUGGAAAACGUCAUGGAUGGUGUCGCCCACAAACAGGCGAAGAUCGACCGCUACAACGAACUGAUGAUGAACUACUCGGACGAGACCGCCGAUGAAGCUUCCCAUCUUCAGGACGAGAUCGACGCCAAGGACCUGUGGAACCUGGAAAGCCAGGUGGAAAUGGCGAUGGAAGCCUUGCGCUGCCCGCCGUCCGACGCUUCCGUUGAAAACCUGUCUGGCGGUGAGCGUCGCCGAGUUGCGCUCUGCCAGUUGCUGCUGUCCGAACCGGACCUGUUGCUGCUUGAUGAACCGACCAACCAUCUGGACGCCGAAACCGUCCAUUGGCUGGAACGUCAUCUGCGGGAAUUCAAGGGUUCCGUCCUGAUCAUCACCCACGAUCGCUACUUCCUCGACAACGUCACCGGCUGGAUCCUGGAACUCGACCGCGGGCAGGGCAUACCCUACGAAGGCAACUACUCGGUCUAUCUGGAAAAGAAGACCAAGCGUAUGACGCAGGAAGGCCGCGAGAACAUGGCCCGCUCCAGGGCGAUUGCUCGUGAGCGCGAGUGGAUGGGCAUGAGCCCGAAAGGCCGCCAGACCAAGUCGAAAGCCCGUAUCCGGGCCUUUGAUGACCUUCUUUCCGCUCAGGAAGAGCGGCAGCCGUCGAUUGAACAGAUCCUCAUCCCCGUUGGUGAGCGCCUUGGCGCGAAUGUCAUCGAGGUUGACGGUGUUUCGAAGGGCUUUGAAGACCGUCUGCUGAUCGAUGACCUGUCCUUCAAACUGCCGCGCGGCGGCAUUGUCGGUGUGAUCGGCCCGAACGGGGCAGGCAAAUCGACGCUUUUCAAGAUGCUGACCGGUCAGGACAAGCCGGACAAAGGUGCCGUCAAUAUCGGUGACAGCGUGCAACUGGGUUAUGUUGAUCAGUCGCGCGAUGCGCUCAACCCGACCAACACUGUCUGGGAAGAAAUUUCCGGUGGUGCUGAGGUGAUCUACCUUGAUGACAAGGAAAUCAACUCCCGCGCCUAUUGCUCGUCCUUCAACUUCAAGGGCCCUGCUCAGCAGGCAAAAGUCGGCGACCUCUCCGGAGGUCAGCGCAACCGCGUGCAUCUGGCGAAAGUCCUGAAGAAGGGCGCCAACGUGCUGCUGCUCGAUGAGCCGACCAACGACCUCGACACCGAAACGCUGGCCGCGCUCGAAGACGCACUGGAGAACUACGCCGGCUGCGCCGUGGUGAUUUCGCACGAUCGUAUGUUCCUCGACCGUCUGGCCACGCACAUGCUUGCCUUCGAAGGUGACAGCCAUGUGGAGUGGUUCGAAGGCAACUUCGAAGAUUAUGAAAAAGACAAGGUCCGCCGCCUUGGCGCCCAUGCUGCCGACCCGCGCAGGAUCAAGUACAAGCCGCUGACACGCUGA